AUGCUUUUGGAGCACUGUUGGCGCAACCAACCCAUCCAGGUUCUCUGUCCAUUCCACUCCACCGGGCGGGAGGCGCCGCGGUACUGGGAGGGGGAGACGCGGAGAGCUAAGACCAACGCGCAGACGUUCCGAGAGAACCUGCGCGCCCUGCGCGGCUACUACAACCAGAGCGCGGCCGGUGAGCUUCACAUCCUCCAGACGAUGUCUGGCUGCGACAUGGGGCCCGACGGGCGCCUCCUCCGCGGGUACAGUCAGUCCGCCUACGACGGCGCCCAUUACCUGGCCCUGAACCGGGACCUGCGCUCCUGGACCGCGGCGGACACGGCCGCUCAGAUCUCCCGGCGCUGGAAGGCGGCUGCUCCCCGGAGCUGCGGAAGAACUACCUGA